GCUUACAAUCCUUUAGCCAGACAGAAAAGUUCUCCAAGUCCCCACUCGACCCAGAAGCCCAGCCGGUUUCACCUCUCACCGGGGCUCUGCGGCACCCAGCCCCGGCGCUGAGGCAGCCCAGAGGGAGCUGGUCCCUGAUUAAGUCCAGCAGGCGCCGGCUGGCCGAGCCGAGUGCGGGACCCACUGAGCCUGCGCCAACCCAGAACCCGCGCCUGCCAGCGAACGCGGCGCGCGGUUCCGGCUCCCGCCCGCACAUCUCCCUUCACACCUUCCGGUGAGCAGAGGGAGCUGGCUCCGGCAUCGGCCAGCCCCAGAGAGGGGCCCUCAUAGCGCAGCGGCAGGCUGAAGGGCUCCUGGCCUGUGGCCAGAGCGGAGGCCCAGGAGGCGCUGAAAGCGAGCCAGGGCUCCUGGCGUGUGGCCAUAGCGGAGGCCCAGGAGGCGCUGAAAGCGAGCCAGGGCUCCUGGCGUGUGGCCAUAGCGGAGGCCCAGGAGGCGCUGAAAGCGAGCCAGGGCUGCUAGCAUGUUUUCACCUCUCAUCACUACUAUCAUGAUCACUACUAUCAUAUUUAUAUGUAAGAAGUGCCUUUUGCCUCCUGCCAUAAUUCUGAGGCCUCCCCAGCCAUGUGGAAAUGUGUCUGCUUUGGGUCUGGAUCCCUCAGGUGCCCGUUUGGUGACAGGAGGAUAUGACUCUGAUGUUAGGUUUUGGGAUUUUGCUGGAAUGGAUGUUUCUUUUAAGGCAUUUCGAUCCCUUCAGCCCUGUGAGUGGGCUCGUGAAUUACCAGAUCUCCGUCAAGUGCAGUAACCAGUUCAAGUUGGAAGUGUGUCUUUUGAAUGCAGAAAACAAAGUCGUGGACUACCAGGCUGGGACCCAGGGCCAGCUGAAGGUGCUGGGUGCCAACCUCUGGUGGCCGUACCUGAUGCAUGAACACCCCGCCUACCUGUACUCGUGGGAGAGUCAAGGUCUCACUCUGUUGCCCAGGCUGGAGUGCAGUGGUGCAAUCACAGCUCGUUGCCAUCUCGACCUCCUGGGUUUAAGCGACCCUCCCCACUCAGCCUCCCAAAUAGCUGGGACCACAGACGUGCGCUGCCUUGCCAGGGAUGGUGAUUGCUCACACCAAAGCCUUGGACCCCUCCCAGCCUGUGACCUUUGUGACCAACUCCACCUACGCAGCAGACAAGGGGAUUUGGAGUCCAGCCUUCCAGACCUGAUCUUAUACACCAGCCUCGCUUUACAUCAUGCUGCAAAAUCCUCAGGCUGGAGUGCAGUGGUGCGAUCUCGGCUCACUGCAACCUCUGCCUCCCGGGUUCAAGCAAUUCUUCUGCCUCAGCCUCCCGAGUAGCUGGGACCACAGGAGCGUGCCACCAUGCCUGUUCCAAGUGAAAAUGGACCACCUCUGAACCUCCUUACACUUCGGACUUGAAAGGAGAUCAGGAGAAUUCCUAGAUACUGAGUGUCAACUCCUCCAC